UUCCACACCUGUAAAUACCCACAUCAAUAUUUAGCAAUGGACUCUCCUAGUAUAACACCCCAAAUUGAAACAGGUAUACAGCAUAUGUCAGAGUCCAUGUUCGUGGGACUGUGUCCUAUAGUGGGAACCUCACAACAGGUGGCAAUGCGGAGAGAUGUGAUAGACAUUAUGGAGAUGGUGACAAAUAAAGCAAGAACAAGCAACCAGAACACGGUGAUGAUGAGUGGAAGUCGUAGAGAAGGAUUCAGAAUGAAGGGAUCUGAUGUGGAUUUUAUGUAUUGGUUCAACAACCAACCAGUGAUCUGGGACUUAUCUCAGACCCAGUUUUACAAUGUGCACAGACAAUUCCUGAUUCUCUCUGUCUCUUCUGAAAGUCCACCAGGAUUUACUUUACUUCAAUUACUGACACCAAGGGCAGGUAACAGAGUUACCUCAGCAUUAGUCACAAUGAAUGGUGGACGUUAUAUAUCUAGCUAUAAAUACAGAGAGAUCACAUGUUCUGAUAUAAACCCCAACUCUACAGUACAUGGUCCAUGUGGCAGUGGAGUAUUAAGGGGAGUAGUAGAAUAUGAUGAUGCCCACUGUUUUGUUUGCGAUUUUUGGCCUCCGUCUGCCUCCUCAUGGAUAGCCAGAUGUCACAUAUGGCCCCAGCCACAGGUUGUUAGGGACAUAGUCAGAAGUGGAUGUCACUUUGUAGCAAUAGGACACAAAUUAGGAAAUCAUGAAAGCAAUGAAUGGAGAAUUUCAUUUUCUCUGGCAGAACAAAAACUUGUGUACUCAAUGAACCACUGUCAAUUCUUAACUUAUGGUUUGCUGAAAUUGUUCUUAAAAGAAGUCAUUAACAAUGGAUUAGGUGAUAAUGAGAAAUUACUGUGUUCCUAUCACAUGAAGACAGCAGUUUUCUGGAUGAUUCAACAAAACACAAUACCUAACUGGUGUUCACAGAAUCUCCUGAAAUGUUUCUGGUACUGCUUUAAACUCAUCCUUAAAUGGGUGUAUGAGGGAGUGUGUCCUAACUUUUUCAUUCCAGAAAACAACAUGUUUCUCAGUAAUAUCCACGGUGGAGCACAAAACAGAUUAUUUGUUCGACUGUUUGGCUUUUAUGAAAAAGGCUUAGCAUCCCUGCUACACAGUCCCUCCCUCAGGUCCUAUAUCAUAAAUGUCCUUUAUAACCCCAGACUCAGUAUUUGUACAGAUGAACAAACUCUGGUAUCUGAGAUUGAGUUUGAUACAAAAAUGUUUGAAGAGAUAUAUGGAGUAAAUUCAAUACCCGCAUCAGACCUCUACUUCAUUAUUAAGCACUUAAACACAGUAGAACAGUUUAUAGUCUCACCCCUGACACAGUAUCAAGUUCUCAUGUUACAGGUACUUACAGCCUCCUUCCUUCACAGGGCUGCUUUUACAUUACAAAACAUGUACAGCAACACCACUGAAAACAAGCUGAUGUAUAUUGCUGACAGAAUGUCCUGUCACAUGUUGAAACUCACAACCAAGUUUGGGUGUAUUUCUGACAGGUUGUACAUUGCAAUGUAUUAUUACAAGACACUCAGAUACACAGAAGCUUUGUCUGUGAUAGAGAUGACAAAGGUCGACUUAGCUCAGCCAUAUGUGAUGUAUAACUGGACAGUAGACACAGAGAGGUAUACCGAGGCUGUAGGGGGGCAGUCCUGGUCUACAAAGUUAAGACAUGCUGUAGCAUGGGGUAUCAAAUUAGACAACAGAAUCAUUUAUAUCAAUGAAUUAAUGACAGAGCAGAUGGUUUCCUUACAGAACCAUUUGCCUACAUUGUUUAUACCACCCCUAGUUGUGUUACACAUGCUGGAGUUCCUGUGUUACAGACAUACUGACACAAUGAGAGCACAAACAGCUCUUAAUGAUCUACAGGUCCUAGUUCACCAUGAUCAGGGGCUGUAUGUAAGUGUGGAAUUAAGAGACAUAUCAUGGCAGAUCCUGGGUAUCUGUCAACAGAUCUCAGGAAACCUCCGGUCUGCUCUAUACUCCUACCAACAAUCACUCAGACAAUAUCCAUUCCAUAAAAUACAAAGUGCUACACUAAUGAGAAUACAUGAACUCGGAUAAGUACAAUAUUGUAAAUUUGAAUAGUUCAUGCUCGUUUAACUAAUGAAUUAUUUAUUGCCAGCAAACUCCAUCAGUGAAUUAAGGAUGGAAUCUUAUCAUAUUUACUGGACGCAUUGAAAUGUGAUAUUUUGCAUGUAUAUAUUUGAAAACAUGUACAUUCUUUUCAUUUAUAACCAUUCAGGUGUUGAGGUUCUUAAUUUUGUGUCCAGAUCAAUUAAAAGUCAUGGGUUUUUAGCUCACCUGAGCUGAAAGCUCAAGUGAGCUUUUCUGAUCACCCGUACUCCGGCGUCCGUCCGUCCGUCUGUCUGUCCAUCCGUCUGUCCGUCUGUAAACUUUUCACAUUUUCAACUUCUUCUCAACAACCACUGGGCCAAUUUCAACCAAAGUUGGCACAAAACAUCCUUAGGUAAAGGGAAUUCUAAAUUGUUAAAAUAAAGAGCCAGGCCACCUUCCAAGGGGAGAUAAUCAAGAAAAGGUAAAAAUAGGGUAGGGUCAUUAAAAAAUCUUCUUCUCAAGAACCACUGGGCCAGAAAAGAUGAAAUUUAUAGAUAAGCUUUAUUAGGUAGUGCAGAUUCUAAAUUGUUAAAAUCAUGGCCCCCGGGGGUCGGAUGGGGCCACAAUAGGGGGUCAAAGUUUUACAUACAAAUAUAUAGGGAAAAUCUUUAAAAAUCUUCUUCUCAAGAACCACUGAGCCAGAAAAGCUGAGAUUUAUAUGAAAGCUUCCAUAUAUAAUGCAAAUUCUAAAUUGUUAAAAUCAUGGCCCCCGGGGGUCGGAUGGGGCCACAAUAGGGGGUCAAAAUUUUACAUACAAAUAUAUAGGGAAAAUCUUUAAAAAUCUUCUUCUCAAGAACCACUGAGCCAGAAAAGCUGAGAUUUAUAUGAAAGCUUCCUUAUAUAAUGCAAAUUCUAAAUUGUUAAAAUCAUGGCCCCCGGGGGUCGGAUGGGGCCACAAUAGGGGAUCAAAUUUUACAUACAAAUAUAUAGGGAAAAUCUUUAAAAAUCUUCUUCUCAAGAACCACUGAGCCAGAAUAGCUGAGAUUUAUAUGAAAGCUUCCUUAUAUAAUGCAGAUUCUAAAUUGUUAAAAUCAUGGCCCCCAGGGGUCGGAUGGGGCCACAAUAGGGGGUCAAAGUUGUUUUUUUUUUUUUUCUUUUUUUUUUUUUCGUUUUUUUUUUAUAUAUAGUGCAGAUUCAAGUUCGUUAAAAUCAUGGACCCCGGGGAUUGAAUGGGGCCUCAAGGGGGGCAUCAAAGUUUUACAUACAAAUUUAUAGGAAUAAUCUUUUAAAAUCUUCUUCUCAAGAACCACUGAACCAGAAAAGCUGAGAUUUAUAUGAAAGCUUCCUGAUAUAGUGCAGAUUAUAAAUUGCUAAGAUCAUGGCCCCCGGGGGUCGGAUGGGGCCACAAUAGGGGGUCAAAGUUUUACAUACAAAUAUAUAGAAAAAAUCUUUAAAAAUCUUCUUCCCAGAACCACUAAGCCAGAAAAGCUGAGAUUUAUAUGAAAGCUUUCUGAUAUAUAGUACAGAUUCUAAAUUGUUAAAAUCCUGGCCCCUGGGGGUCAGAUGGGGCCACAAUAGGGGAUCAAAGUUUUACAUACAAAUAUAUAUGAAAAAUCUUUAAAAAUCUUCUUCUCAAGAACCACUAAGCCAGAAAAGCUAAUAUUUACAUGAAAGCUUUCUGACAGUGCAGAUUCAAGUUUGUUCAAAUCAUGGCCCCUGGGGUAGGAUGGGGCUACAAGGGGGGAUCAAAGUUUUUCAUACAAAUAUAUAGGGACAUUCUUUUAGAAUCUUCUUCUCAAGAACCACUGAGUCUGAAAAGCUGAUAUUCACAUGAACAGCUUCCUAACAUAGAGCAGAGCUAAGUUUGUUCAAAUCAUGGUCCCCUGUUGUAGGAUGGGGCCACAAUAGGGGAUCAAAGUUUUACAUACAAAUAUAUAGGAAUUUUUAAAAAAAAAAUAUCUUCUUCUCAAGAACCACUGAGCCAGAAAAGCUGAUAUUUACAUGAAAGCUUUCUGAUAUAGUGCAGAUUCAAGUUUGUUCAAAUCAUGGCCCCUGGGGGUAGGAUGGGGCCACAAGGGGGGAUCAAAGUUUUACAUACAAAUAUAUAGGAAAAAUCUUCAAAUAUCUUCUUCUCGUGAACCAUUGGGCCAAAGAAGUUCACAUUUACAAGAAAAAUUUCUGACAUAGUGUAGAUUCAAGUUUGCGAAAACUAUGGCCUCCAGGGGUAGAUUGGGGCCAUGAUAAAGACUACGGUUUUACAUGCAAAUAUAUAUAGAAAGUCUUCUGAUAUGGACCAAGGUGACUCAGGUGAGCGAUGUGGCCCAUGGGCCUCUUGUUUUUUAUUGCCAGGCUGUCCAGCACUCUCUGGCAAAAAUAAGGGCUAAUUUUAGGGCUAAAAUUACCAAAAUUUAGGGCUAUAAUCAGGAUUUUCAUAACUAAAUUGGGGCAGUUUUAGACAUUUAAAUGGUCUUACUUUCGAAAUUUUUGCAAUUAAGAAACUCACAAAAAUACUUUCCGUGCAGGAGGAGCGUCUUCCAGCUAUUAUUGGCUAUAACAUUAAUAGUUACAUCUUUGUCACAAAAUCACAACCAAUAAACAAGCUUGACACAUGGAUCCACUGGUCAUAUUUAGUUUGAAUGCAUUUUCAAAAUUGCUAGAGUAGAAAUAUACUUUUAGAAAAUAGGAAUUGAUGGAGAAAUUAGGCUUUUAUAGGACUUCACCUUGAAUUUAACAUUUUUUAAAGGUAUUUUAGGGCCACUGGGGUUUAUUCCCACUUAGCCAACAUUUUGAAAAAUCCUAUUCCCACAUAGCCAACAUUUUGAUUUUUACACCUGAGUGAUCAGCAAGCUAUAGUCUGUUUUCACAGGUUGUCGAUACAUGAUUUCUAUUUCAUUUGUGUCUCAUUUAUUAUCAUAUCUUAUAACAUUUUAAUAUGCAACAUUAAUAAAAUAUUAUUACUUUAUACAAGCACUUUUUAUUUCAUAUCAUGUAUUUUAGAGUUGAAAUAGUAUCUACCAUAAAUGUAAUUCUAAAUUGCAUGAUAAAACAAAAUAACUAAAUAAAUACUUAAUGUUUAUCAUUUGAAACUUGGUAUUUUUUUUUAGGUACAUUAACGUUAAGCUAUAAUUUAAAGUAAGAUCCAGCAAAAUAAAAUUCAUAAAUAGAAGGAAAACAAACCAGCUCAUUAUUUAAAAAAGAUAAUUUUUAAAGUUAUUUGAUUAUAGAAAUCAUAAUAUCAUUAAAUGAAUUAUUUAAAAAAAGGAAAGAAUCUCAAUAUAUUCUAUCAUUAUACAUGUAUAUAUCCUACAAAAUAUUCUUAUUGCCUUAUUCUGGUUAUAUCUGAAAACAGACUAUAGCCUACCUGUAAUUAAAUUCUUUUGUUCUCUACCUGCACCCAAUUCCCACUUAGCCAACACAGAGUUACCUGUAUUUUUUCAAAAUGUUGGCUAAGUGGGAAGACACCGCCACUGGACAGCCUGUAAUUGCAUUACAUAUGUCGCUGUCCUAGAACGGACUAACUCUCAUGGGCACACUCGACCCAGAUCAUCACAUAGUAGCUAGGAGGAACAGCUUUUGUGGAUUAAAGCAUAUAUCUCCCCUUUAUAAAACACAUGUUGUUUGUUCAUAAAUUUGAUAAAAAUAAAUACAUGGUAGUACUUUG